UAUUAAACUUCUGUUGUUUAGGUUUCUUUUCCUUUUCCCCAACCCAACAAAGAAAUAUCUGCUUCUGUUUCCGCCGUUACCAUGGCGGUGGAGUCAAUCAAAAUCACAAACACAGACACAGACCUUUCUCUGGUUUUGUCUUGUAAAAGAAUAAAAGAAGAUGAUGUUGAAGAGGAUCCGAAGGAAUUUCCACAUCGCAAAAGAAGAAGAUUAGAAGAAGAAGAAGAGCCAGAUCCGGAUGAUUCGAUCCAGCUGCCUGAAUUCAUCAAGAUCGAAGAACUGCCAGAUGCUAUACUGUUCGAGAUCCUUUAUCGACUCCCUUGCCGAUGGGCUCUCCAAUGUAAGUCUGUGUCGAAGCGCUGGUGUUCUGUGAUUUCUCAUCCUUUGUUUGUUCGCAACGCCAUGCUCCACCGACACCCAUUCAGUAAGUCAAACACAGACCCCUUUACUCUUGUGUUAUACCAUGCCAAAAAGAUCCUCGCUCUUCCAUUCGAUGAGGACUGUGGCGGUGUUGGUGACGGUGACGGUGACGGUGACAGUGACGGUGACGGACUCGAUUUUCUCAACUUUCUUCCCUGUAUCGAGUUUGCAAGAAAAAAUUAUCCCUUUUGCGUCGAAGCAUCGUUCAACGAUUUAUUACUGAUACGCAGCGAAGUUCUGCCGAUUGUUAAUUCAGGCUAUACUGAGUAUGUCAUCUGUAAUCCUAUUACCAAACAGUGGAUCAUUCUCCCUCGCCUUCCAUACCAGGGAUAUCGCGGAAUUGUUUUGGUGGGCUUUAUAUGCAAUCCAGAUAGCUGUGAUAAAGAGCAGGGAUGUAUUACCAAUGCCCAUUACAGUUAUAGAGUGGUGCGCAUUUAUUCUCCCACUCAAUCCAACUCUACUCAGAUACGUAUGCAGAUCUUUUCUUCCGACACCGGUGAAUGGUGCGACUCUCUUGUUUCGUCACCGCACGGAUUUAAUUCCUUGUUUGGAACGCCUGAGCAUGCUGGUGUUGUUGCCUGCAAUGGGAUGCUGCAUUGGGUGGAUGAAAAUGAUAGAAUGAUCAGAGGCUUUAUUGUGUUCGAUCCAUUCAACAAUGCACAAGGAUGCCGCUAUAUUAAUCCACCCAUUGACCUUUCCCUUGGAGAAUGGGUCUCCUUUGGAGUGUUCCAAGGGCGUCUCCGGAUAUUCCAAAUUUCUUCUUUGCAAUGCCCUAGCAGUUUUUCUGUUUGGGAACUCGAGGAUUACAACAAUGCUGGUACAUGGUGUCUGAAAUACAAAAUUUACUUCAAAGACAUGGUUUCAGAAUAUUCCGAUCUCCUCAAGAUGGCAAAGGAAAAGAUCUCAACUGGGUCAUUGUUAGCUUUCCAUCCAAAUGUUGGCGAAUUUGUUUUUUUACAAUUUCGCAAAUACAUUGUUUUGUGUAACAUGCGGACGAGGGUAUUAACAAUGGCCGGCCGACUGGAAAAACUUUUACCAUGCAAAAGUAUAUACUCCUCUAAUAGCAUACCUGCAAAAUAUGUCUUCUUAGUUGGGCAACCAUCGUGGCCAACACCAGUACCUCUCCCAUUGAAGUUUGAAUGCCCUUCCCCAUUUUUAUGGAGCGAGUUUGUUUCUAAACGUCAAAAGCAAAAGAAGCAACGGCAAGAAGUUGAGAAGUUGAGGGCAGCGCCAACACCAAUUCCUCUCCAUGUUUGAAUGCCCUUGGUUCUAAACUACAAAACUCAAGAAGUUGGAAACUGUUUUCUGUUUUGAGAUGACAAAGAAGCAGUUAUCAUGAAGUUGAAGGCAGUCAUAUCUCUAACAGUGAAGUUUAGAUGCUCAAAUCAUUGUUGGUACAGACUACAGAUUGUGGGAUGUAGUGCAUUGCUUUUUAUUAUGCAACAAAAUUUGUACUUAUUCAUGGCAGGCCAGCGAUUCAAGUGCUUUUCGUGUUCUCUUGUUCUUUCUAAAUUAUUGUUGACACUUAAAUUUAAUGAAAUUAUGUUUUGGAAUAAUUAAUUACCGAUAUGAAUUUUGUAGCUGUACCUUA